GGAAGCCUCGGGGUGCUGGCGCUCCUGGCCUGUAUGGGGGAGAGACUAGGGUCUCCUGGAGCUUAGAGGCUGCUCGUCGCCGCGCCUCGAGCCGGCUAGGAGCUGGCGACCGGGCUCCCAGCUCCGCCGCACUCACGGGGACGCGUGGCGAGGCCUCCUCAGCGCAGUGUGCAGGGGUCGCUUGAGGGUCGGGUGAGAGGAUUUGGUGAUCGUGGGACCCCUUGGCUGGGGCGUCCUUGGCACUUUUGCUUCUGUGGUCCUGAGGAUCUGGCCCUGUAGAGCCAGGGAGGAGAAAUGUCAGGAGGAGUCUCUCUUGCCAGAUGUGCAGGCUAGGAUAGGUGCACUUCCCAGUUUUGUGUCCACUGUGGCCAGGGACACAUUACCCCUUUAGCAAGGUUAGCACGUGCUUAGGGCAUCAACGGAACAGGGGCACCAGUUGUCCAAAGCAAAGACCCAUAGAUGCCAGGCAGAUAGGACACAAGGAAAAGUGAGCGCCACAGUGGAAGGGAACCAGUGGGGCACUAACUGAAACUGAUACCAGCUCGAGUGCAUGAGAAUGUGCUGGCGGGAAAUAAAGCUCAUGCAAGGUCAUGAGGGUGCCCACAUGAAAGGUUGUUUAAGCUAUGAGGCCCCUACCACUUCAUCACCUUUGGUGAGAUCUGCCUCCUGUGGUCCCCUCCUGUGUAAUUGAAACUCCUUAUCUUGGCUCCUACUUCAUAGACUUAAACAUCAGCUUUUAACUGUUUAAAAACGAGGAAUCACUUAAAAGCCUCUCAAACUCCUAAUUCCAAAGAAGUGAUAAUAUUUCUCUAAUCAAGGAAAGAAGACUUUGAAUUAAAAGUAUUCCGGCACUGAUCCUGUUUUUUCCUUCUCUAAAUCAGAAGAACAACAAUGGAGAAAUGGUACCUGAUGCCUGUAGUGGUCUUAAUAGGACUAACAGUACGGUGGACAGUUUCUCUUAAUUCUUACUCAGGUGCUGGAAAACCCCCUAUGUUUGGUGAUUAUGAAGCGCAGAGACACUGGCAAGAAAUUACUUUUAAUUUACCAGUCAGACAAUGGUAUUUUAACACCAGUGAUAACAAUUUACAGUAUUGGGGGCUGGAUUACCCACCUCUUACAGCUUAUCAUAGUCUCUUAUGUGCAUAUGUGGCAGAGUUUAUAAAUCCAGACUGGAUUGCUCUCCAUACAUCACGUGGAUAUGAGAGUCAGGCACAUAAGCUCUUCAUGCGUGCAACAGUUUUUAUUGCUGAUGUGCUGAUUUACAUACCUGCAGUGAUUUUGUACUGUUGCUGCUUAAAAGAAACUUCAACUAAGAGAAAGAUUACUAAUGUAUUGUGCAUAUUGCUAUAUCCUGGCCUUAUUCUUAUCGACUAUGGACAUUUUCAAUAUAACUCUGUGAGUCUUGGCUUUGCUUUGUGGGGUGUUCUUGGCGUAUCUUGUGACUGGGACCUGCUAGGGUCACUGGCAUUUUGUUUAGCUGUAAAUUAUAAACAGAUGGAACUUUACCACUCCUUGCCAUUUUUUUGCUUUUUACUUGGCAAGUGUUUUAAAAAAGGCCUGAAAGGAAAGGGGUUUGUGUUGUUAAUUAAGCUAGCGUGUACUGUUGUGGCUUCCUUCCUUCUCUGCUGGCUGCCAUUCUUUGCAGAAAGAGAACAAACCCUGCAGGUUCUAAGAAGACUUUUCCCCGUUGAUCGUGGAUUAUUUGAGGAUAAAGUAGCCAAUAUUUGGUGCAGCUUCAAUGUCUUUCUGAAGAUUAAGGAUAUUUUGCCACGUCACAGCCAGGUAAUAAUCAGCUUUUGUUUUACAUUUUUGAGCCUGCUUCCUGCAUGUAUAAAAUUAACACUUCAGCCCUCUCCCAAAGGAUUCAGAUUCACUCUGGUUAGCUGUGCUCUAUCAUUUUUUUUAUUUUCUUUCCAAGUACAUGAAAAAUCCAUUCUCUUGGUAUCACUACCAGUCUGCUUAGUUUUAAAUGAAAUUCCUUUUAUAUCGACUUGGUUUUUACUUGUGUCAACAUUUAGUAUGCUACCUCUUUUAUUGAAAGAUGAACUUUUGAUGCCCUCGGUUGUGACAGUGAUGGCAUUUUUUAUAGCUUGUGCUACCUCUUUUUCAAUAUUUGAAAAGAUUUCUGAAGAAGAACUGCGGCUGCAAUCCUUUUCUGUUUCUGUUAGGAAGUAUCUUCCAUGUUUUACAUUUCUUCCCAGAAUUAUACAACAUUUGUCUUCUAUGCAGGAUUCACCUUCACAAAUAAUUGUCAUAUGAUGACUUUGACACAACAGCCUUCACCUUAUGUGAAGAUUGAUUUUGAAGGGGCUACUUCUGAGAGUUUUAAACUUAACAUGACCUACUGAAAACACCAAAUCUACAUGCCUUUUGUCGGUAAGCCUAAAGGGCCUUUCAGCAGGUGUUUCCUCCAACAGCUGCCAAAAAAAGAAAAGGCAGCAUUUACUAUGACAGAUUCCUAUUUAGAACUGUGUUCCUCUGAGGACUCCUAGUGGUGGUAGAGGGUCUUGGCUGCUUGGCUUUAGGACCCUGCUCAUUAGCAAUGAGUUGGUUCCCAUUCAUAGCAACCCCAUAGGACAGAGUAGAACUGCCCCAUAGGGUUUCCAAGGCUGUAAUCUUCACGGAAGGAGACUGCCACAUCUUUCUCCCAUGGAGUGGCUAGUGGGUCCGAGCUGCUACGUUUUGGUUAGCAGCAGAGCACUUUAACCACUGUGCCAUCAGGGCUCCUUUUAGGACCUUAGCGUCCUAAUAAGAAAGCUGCCAUUGGCAACUGAUGGCAUACAUUCUACUAGGGCAUGUGGACCAUUCGCGUCUGAGAUACCCGUUCUUUGCUUACAGCAGCAGCUUUGAAGGAUAGUUCCUGUUGGGCCCCUGUCUUUCCCUAUUUGUAAGAAUUCACAUAUAUUCUUCUUCCUCCUAGGAGAAGAAACGUUGUCAACUUGACAACCAACUUUUGCCAACUCCUGUUUUAGUCCAGACUGUAUCAUUACACAUUUUAAGCACUCUAGGGUUCAGUUAAGUGAACCUUAAGGAAUCUUGGUGCUGCGACAGUUAUGUGCUUGACUGCUAACUGAAAGGUUGGGGGUUUGAACCCAAAAGCCGUUCUGUGGGAGAAAAGACCUGGUGAUCUGCUCCUGUAAAGAUUACAACCUAGAAAACCCUAUGAGGCAGUUCUACUCUGAGUUGAAAUCAAUUAGAUGGCACACAGCAACAACAACAGGGUUCACUUAAUAUCCUUCUAAGUUACUGAUACACAGUUACCAGAACUAAUGACAAUAAAUAGGAAGGAAAGACUAUGAGUAAUUAAAUACUGCAGGGUAGCUGAAGGAGCCCUGGUGGCACAGUGCUUAAAGUGCUCGGCUGCCAACCACAAGGUCAGUGGUUCAAACCCACCAAUGUCUCCACAGGAGAAAGAUGUGGCAGUUUGCUUCCAUAAAGAUAACAGCCCUGGAAACUUUGUGGGGUCAGUUCUACUCUGUCCUAUAGGGUUGCUAUGAGUCAGAAUUGACCCAAUGGCAAUGGGUUUUUAUGGGGCAGCUAUUUUGUAUAAUCUCACCAGGUAAAUAUCAGUCCCAUUUUAGAAUCAAGGCUUAGGGGAAUCAAGUACCUUGUUUAAGGUCACAUAGCUAAAUGGGUACUAGAGUUGGUGCUGGACAUCUAAUUCUAAAUCCCAUUCUCUUUUACAAUGCCAGGCCCUGCAAAGAUUAUGGCUGCAAGGGAAUUCUGUUAAAAAGGAUCCUAAGGUCAAAUUCAGGGUUUAGCAAAAAAGAAGAAAUACUUUGAUCGAUGUGAUGUAUGUCACAGCACAAAGGAGGGAGUAGCAACCUGUUUUUUGUUGCCAUGCUGUUCUUAAGAACAUCCCACAAAACAAAUUGGAUGCAAUUUAGAUACAGUUAUACAGUUCAUAAACAGUUUGGUAGGCUUCAUCCUUUGUAUAGCAACAAUAUUAUUUUCUAAAACACAUUUUGGAUUGUUACUUCCCUCAUAAUCUUCACUAGCCUACCUUUACCUAAUGAAUGUCCUGAUCUACCUUUCUAUUAUCCUCCUUCUCUGCCUGUUUUGUCCCUAUUGUCUACCUAGCAUGUUUUACACAGCCCAUCAAAAUUACCCAUAUUUCAAAUUCCAGCUUUCUAGAAAAUAGUACAAGACUUCCAUUUACUGGAUGACUCCUUCAGAGCUCAUGUACAGUUGAAUAAUUAGAACUGAUGUUAAAAUCAUGAACCCUUAAAUAAUCACCUAACCUGGGGUUAUCUAUGCCUGCUGUGAAUUCCUAUAAUACUGCUUAUUUUUCAUUUGGUACGUACAGUAAUUUUUAUACUUCUCAGUCCAUAGGAGAACAUUUCUGUCAAUUCUUCCUCUCUUCAAACCCCACGGAAGAGUAACAAAUUUGACUGGUCAAAGUCCAGAACAUACACCGGUAUACAUCUUACUAGUAAUAUUACAGGCCACAACUCUUACACAGUACUCUUUGCAUGCUAUUUAGUUUCCCUUUCACUGCCUACUCUCAAGUGCAGUGUGCCGUGGUGCUUGCUAAUUCCAUGUGGUAAGGAGACCAGCCCAUUCUACCUCUUUGCCCUGUAACCAGGCACAUAAGGUCUGUGUCUUCAUAGCUGUAUAGGCACAGGGACUUGGGGUUUGUUUCAGAGAUCAGCUUUCUCCUCAGGUUCAGGAGAACACACAAGAUUCAUGAUUUAGGUUCAUGGUGGGUGACAGGAGGUCCUAUUUCUGCCUCCGGAACACUACAUUAAUUACCCAAACUUCUACCAGAGGUUUUGUCAUGUUGAAGGUUAUCAAUUCCUCCAAUAAUCACUAAUAAAGUUGAUGUGCUGAUCUUCAUUGGACUCAUAAUCUUUGUUUGUAUUCACUAUUGGCCAGAAUCCAGGUAAGAAUAAGGGCCUGAACUUGCGUAACUUAUCACAGCCUGCCUUAUUUUGUAUGUAUAUAAUAUAAACCUUGUGUCCUCAGAUUAUAAGAUGUUAAAAGGUUGGCAUUAUCUAUAGUGUUUUAUUCAUAGUAAACGUCAUACUUUUGUUAACCAAGUGAUUUGUCCCUAUUGUUCCUAGAUAAAGCAUCCCAGACUUUUGCUAUCCUGUUAACAUUAGCCAAACUCAUGCAUUUUCUUUCCGCCCCUUUUGAUGAUCUUAACACACUGGGUUGCUGUCUAUUCUGUCUUAUCCUAACACUGUUUAGUGAAGGCUUUGCCUUUUAAAGGCUCUGGGAGUGAGUUUGUGUGGGCUGGUUCCCUCCACUGAACAAUACAUACAGGUCAGGAGGAAUAAUCACUGAUGUGGGAGGGAGGGCAGGAGCUGGUGUGCAGAUAGGGAAGUUGGUCACAGUGGUAUCAGGAGUUCUAUGUCACAGGUUUCUAGGGCUGAGGACAAAACCAGGGACUUAAAUACCCUCCCUUAUUCAUACCAGGUGGGCAGCUAUAACAGACACAUACAAAAGCAGGGCAAUGAGGGAACAUGGAGGAGAGGGAUUUGGGAGGCUAGUAUGAGGUGGACUAUAAGCAAGUUUUGAAGGAUGGGUAAAAUUGUCACAAUUGACAAUGGGGAGAAAGGCAUGCCAGGCAGAGGAGACGAGCAAAGGUGAGGAAGUGGGAAAGGCAAGCUGUGUCUAGGGAAUGGCAAGUAAUCUGGAAUGACUAAGGCACAACAGGGAGAUAGUGGAAAGGUAAGCUGUGGUCAGAUCAGGUAAAAGUACUGAAUUUGUCUAAAUUUCGGUUUUAUUGUGAAUAUGAUCAAGUCAAAGAUUUCAUUUUACUUGGAUCCAUAAUCAACGUCCAUGGAAGCAGCAGUCAGGAAAUCAGACGACAUACUGCACUGGGCAAAUCUGCUGCGAAAGACCUCUUUAAAGUGUUAAAAAGCAAAAAUAUCACUUUGAGGACUAAGGUGCACCUGACCCAAGCCCUGGGUUGUCUCAUAUGCAUGCGAAAGCUGGACAGUGAAUAAGGAAGACUGAAGAAUUGAUGCCUUGUUGGCAAAGAGUAUUGAAUAUACCAUGGACCGCCAGAAAACGAACAAAUCUGUCUUAAAAGAAGUACAAGCCAGACUGCUCCUAAGAAGUGAGAAUGGUAAGACUUCAUCUCACAUACUUUGGACAUGUUAUCAGGAGGGACCAGUACCUGGAGAAAGACAUCAUUGCUUGGUAAAGUAGAGGGUCAGUGAAAAGAGGGAGACCUUCGGUGAGAUGGACUGACGCAGUGGCUACAACAACAGGCUCAAACACAAUGAUUGUGAAGAUGGCACAGGAUAGGGCAGUGUUUGUUUUCUGCUGUUGUACAUAGGGUUGAUAUGACUCAGAACCGACUGGACGGCACCUAACAACAACAUGAUGGAGUGAUACCUUUGAAAGAUUUGUCCAGAACUCUAGAGUUGGACAAGCUGUAGGGGAAAGGGACCAAAGGACAGAGAGGCAGGUUACAACAGGGAUGAUGAUAAUCUGGGUGAGAGGUAAUGAAGGAAGAAAUAGUGGAAAGUAGAUUCCUACUGUGUGGUGGUUAAGAGCAUGAGCUCUGGCACCAGACUACUCAGGUUAGUAUCCUGGCUCUCUGGGGCAAGGUGCUUAACCUUUGUGCCUUAAUUUUUUCACCUAUAAAAUAUAGUACCUGUCUCUACCUCACAUUGGGAAGCCCUGGUGGUGUACUGGUUAAGUGCUACGGCUGCUAACCAAAGGGUCAGCUGUUCGAAUCCGCCAGGUGCUCCUUGGAAACUCUAUGGGGCAGCUCUACUCCGUCCUUUAGGAUCUCUAUGAGUUGGAAUCGACUCGAUGGCACUGGGUUUGGUUUGGUUUUUUUCUACCUCACAUAAGUUGGUGGGAAGAUUAAACGGGAUAUGUAUAAAGUGCUUCUAACAGUGCCUGGCACAUCUAAAGUGCUAAAAAAAAAAGUUAGCUAUUAUAAGGUUAUUAUUUAUGUGUACAACAGAAUGAAGAUUUUAAUGCAUAAAAGUGAUAAUUUUCUAUAUAUUUUAAGAUGCUUUGCAAAUAUUUUGAGUACAUAUAAUUUGUUAGGAAGCUAAUAUUAUUGAGAUAUUCCAAACAACUGUAUUUUCAAGAUAGAAUAUAAUUCUUUCCUUUUGCUAUAAUUUUUUUCUAAGAGAUAGUACACAGUAUCUGGUUAGCUUCUAAGAAUCUUAAUUAAUAUUGAUGUCACUAAGUAUUCUUUGAUAAUGUGAACCUUCAGUUACAGGUAUAAAACCCACAGCCGUCAAGUCAAUUCUGAUUCAUAGUGAUCCUAUGGUACAGAGCAGAACUGCCCCAUAGGGUUGCUAAGGCUGUAAUCUUUAUAGAAGCUGACUGCCACAUCUUUCUCACACGGAACAACUGAUGGGUUCGAACCGUCAACCUUAUGCUUAGCAGCUGAGUGCUUAACCACUGUACCACCAGGGCUCCAGUUACAAGUAUAUGAAACACUAAUCACAUAAGAUUAAUGCUUCUAGCUAAUAUGUUUUUGGGUAAUAUGUUAUAAUAAGCUAUUCAUAAACAUUGUUUUUAUUUGUAUUGUUGAGCCUAUAGGAACUGUUUUGAAGGAAAGGUACAAUUAUUUAAUUAAAUUGUUUAAUAUUUUUUUACUUAUCAAUUUAGCGUAUUUCCAAAUUUAACAGACUUAUAUCUUGUUCAGUUAGAUGUGUCCUAAAAUUACUGAGCUUUAUCUGUUUAUACUAAAGGUGCUCUUUAUACUCAGUUGGAGUUCUGGUGGCGCAGCUGUUAAGAGCCAUGGCUACUAGCCAAAAGGCUGGCAGUUUGAAUCCACCAGCCACUCCUUGGAAACCCCACAGGACAGUUCUAACUCUGUCCUAUAGGGUCACUAUGACUCAGAAUUGACUCCACAGCAACGGGUUUAGUUUUUCUUUUUUUUAUACUCAGUUAAAAAUACGCCCUCUCUGACUUUUAAAGCUAGCCUGGUCAGCUCAAUGGUGUGUUUUUCCUUUUUUUUGUUUUUGAACAUUUUAUUGUGUUUUAGGCAAAAGUUUACACAGCAAAUGAGUUUCCUGUUCAACAAUUCAUACAGAUUGUUCUGUGACGUUGGUUACAAUCCCUGCAACGUGUCAGCACUCUUCACCACCCAUUUCCAUCCACCCAGUUUUCCCGCCCCUCCUUGCCUUCUCAUCUUUGUUUUUGGGCAAAUGCUGCCCAUUUGGUCUCAUAUAGUUGACUGUUCUAAGGAGCACAUUCCUCACGGGUGUUAUUUUAUAGGCCAAUCUAUUAUUUGGCUAAAAGUGACCUCUAGGAGUAGCUUCAGUUCCAAAUUAAAAGGGCAAUAGUCUCGGGGAUUCUCCAGUCUCUAUCAGCCCAGUAUAAGUCUGGUCUUUUUUUAUGAAUUUGAAUUUUGUUCUACAUUUUUAUCUCAUUCUAACCAGGACCUUCAAUUGUGUCCCUGGUCAGAGUGGUCAGUAGCAGUAGCUAGGUACCACCUAACUCUUCUAGUCUCAGGCUAGGGGAUGCUGUGGUUCAUAUGGGCCCUUAGUCCUGUGAACUAAUUGUUUCUUUGAGUCUUUGGUUUCCUUCACUCUCCUUUAUUCCAAAUGGGAGGAGACCAAUCUGUCUUAGAUGGCCAAUUGCAAGCUUUUAAGACCUAGACACUACUUACCAAAUUAGGAUGUAGAACAUUACAAACUAUGUUAUGCCACUUAGUCUAGAUGUCCCCUAAGACUAUGGUCCUGGGCCUUCAAACCCAGUAACUCAGUCCUACGAGGUAUUUGGAUGUGUCUAAGAAGUUUCCUUAACUGUGCCCCCUAUGUGCUCUAUUAUAUAUAUGAAUAUAUAUGCAGCAAUACAAAUAUGUAUAUACGAAUGCCCACAACUAUACCUAUAUAUGCACACACAUGUACUCCCAUUCUCCCUCUUACACCUAUAUUGCAUACAUACCUACCUAAGUAAUCACUCACAAAUUUUUGGUUGUUAUUACUGUUGUUGCAGAACUAUAUAUGUUACAGCAUUUACCGCGGUUCUUGCAUACCACUCAGUAUCUCAUUUACCUUGGUCACGCUGUGCUGACUUCCCCCAUACUGUGUCCUGCCUUUCCCUUCACCAGAAUUAACACUCGUCUACUACUAUGUAGUGAUUCUCCUUCCUUCCCCCUCCUAUCCCUGGUAACCAUCAAAGAAUGUUGCUUUCUGUGUGUAAACCUGUUCUUGACUUUUUACAAAAUGGUAUCAUAUAUUUUUCCUUUUGUGAUUGGCUUAUUUCACUCAGCAUAAUGUCCUCCAGAUUCAUCCAUGUUAGAAGAUGUUUCACGGGCUCAUCAUUAUUCUUUAUCGUUUGGUGUUCUUUUUUAGUCAGACUCUAACUCAUUGAUUAGACAGAUCCUGUCAUUUUUUUUUUUUCUUGUCAGAGAGCCCUGCUAUUUGUAAGAAGAGAUUAAAUUUCAACUAAAGCUCCAAAAGUCAUGUCCCUAUUUUGUUUUUGAAAAGACAGUACCAAAUCUGAUAACGUAAAUAAUGUUUUGCUCCCACCUGAACAAAAACAAUGAAAUUUAACAAAGCUAAUUUUUUUUUUUUUAAACUUAAUUAGAAAGGUGAAACAGUACCUCAGUUCAAACUGGCUUUAAGGAAUUCAUAGCUGUCAAAGUGACGUAAUUCUAUAUGGAAGAAGAAAGGUUUUGUUUUACAAAACAGUUCAAAUUGUCACAGUAUAUAAUGCAGAAUAACUGUUGAAUCACAAUGAAAUUAAGAUAACUUAAAUGUAAAGGUAUAUUUUACAUUGUAAAUAGCAGCUUUGGGGCUAUAAAUUUUUGUUUCAAGAUCCUACUAUUUUGCCUGAUGCCUGUUUCAGAACGCAUACUUGUAAAUUUAGUAUGAAAACUGCCAAGAAAUAUAUUAUUAUGAUGUAUGCCUACUGCCAUAUUAGUAUACUCUUUAUGCUUUAUUACAAUUAUUUGUCUUUUGUGCUAGAUUCUGUACUCCUAGGGCAAGACUGUAUCUCUCUUACCAGUGUGUCCCCAAUGUGAGAAUACUGCCUAGAUCAUAGUAGAUAUUCAGUAAAUAUUAAUGAACAAAUAAAUGAAUAAACACACUUGAGAUGUGUAACGAGAUAGAAAAUUUAUAAGUAUGUGAAAAUAUUUAGAUAAUUUCUUUAAAAAAUUCUUGUACUGGCCAUUUGUUUUCAUUUAUGCACUCAUUCAAUGAACACGCCUGUGGACCUUCCAUCCUAGGCUUUGGGCUACAAUAUAGAGAUGAAUAAGACUUUUUUUUUUUCACCCACAAAGAAGCUCAGGAAGAGCUCUGUAAAAAGACAAUUACAACACGCUCAAUAUUUAUAAAUAUUCUGACAAAUGUAGGAACCUACAAGAUGAAGCAAUUUAGCUUUGUCUAGGAGAGCUGGCCACCACCUUUCUGUUAGUUUGUCGUACUGUGAUGGUUUAUAUGUUGCUAUGAUGCUGGAAGCUAUGCCACCAGUAUUUCAAAUACCAGCAGGGUCACUUAUGAUGGACAGGUUGUGGCGGAGCUUCCACACUAAGACAGACUACCAAGAAGGGCCUUGUGAUCUACUUCAGAAAAGUAGCCAAUGAAAACAUCGUGGAUCACAAGACAGUGCCCAACUCUUUUGCUGUGGACACAACAUUGGGAGGAAUCAACUGCUGGAGAACAACAUCAUGUUUGGUGAAGUAGAGGGCCAGUGAGGGUGAGGGGGCACCUCAGUGACAUGCACUGGCACAGCAGCUGCAAUGACAAUGACGGACUCACACAUGGCAGCAAUUGUGAGGAUGCCAUAGGACUGGGCAAAGUUUUGUCCUAUUGUACGUAAGGUUACCAUGAGUCAGAAUCAACUUGAUGAGCUAGGUAGAAGAGCUGGGGACAGGUUCACAGAAGAUCUGACAUUUCCCGUUGACCUGAAAGGGCCAGCAGGAGUUUGCUCGACAGAAAAAACAGCGAUCUGCUAUGAGUUGGAGGAAUCGACUAGAGGGCACUGGGUAGAUAGAGGAAAAAGCACUAGAGAGGCCUGGCAUCCUGAAGGAGAUUCCUGGGGGCUGAAGCCCAGUGUGAACAGUGUGAAUAACAAUGACCAUCUUCCGCCUAACUGAGGUCUCAGCUGCAAGAAAAAUCACCUAAUACUCAUUACAAAAGCCUUGCUUUUUAACUAUAUUUUUACAUAAUUAUAAAUAUCUGCUUUAUGAUUAUUUAUGUCUUUAAAAUAUAUAAACCACUUCCGUAAAGAAUUUAUUUAACCCUUUUUUGGGGGGCUUUUUUUUUUUGACUACUCAGUUAAAAUGGGGGAAAAAAAUGUUCACUUGUCAGGUGAUAGAAAACCAAUUGCUAGUAAAUGUGCCAGAAUAAUUUUUCUCUACUUCCAGAACAGUUAGUCUUCAGUCUACUCAUUACUGUCUUUUUAUAGUAUUUUUAUGUAAUAAAACCUAUUAAGACUACCAUACAAAUCUCUUUACUUAUGCUUUUAUCUUUUAACUGAUCAAUUUUUAUAUUGCUGACAUCCCUUCUUCACCAUUUGCUCAUUUAAAAAUUCAUAGUAUGUGAGAUAUGUCUCUGGAGAAAAUGUCUAUAAAAUUUGUUACAGCUGGCAAAUGUGUAUGAGUCAGUGAUAGCACAUGACUAAAAGCUUCACAGAAAAUAAAAUUUGUUUCUGUAGUAAGCAGAACUGUUUAAAUGUUAUUUAUUUUUAUGUUUCAAAGAAAAUAUAUUGUGAAGUGCUGCAUUGAUUUAAUACGCAACAAUGUCUGUGUACACGCUGUAGAAGGAAAAUUUAUGAAACCUUUGCACAACUCCUUUAAUUGAAUUUUCCAAAUCUCUCACCACACACAAAUAAUCAAUAUCUUCUGCAGAGAAAACCAGUCAGAAUUAUUACAGUCUUUCUUUUCAAUUUUGUUGUCAUCAGCACAUACAGAGCACCUGGAUAUUUGUAAUGCCUGAUAGCAAGUUAUUUACACCUCCUUAACACAUAAUUGCUAUUCAGUGAGUUCGAAUCUAGAGUUCUAAAAUUUUUACUGAUUGCUUAAAAGAUAAAAAUUACCGUAUUUCUAGUCAAGUAUUAAAAAAAUUUAAAUCAUGGAAGAAAUUAUUUAAAAGGCUUUGAAAAGUAAUAAACCAGUUUGUUUUUUCUGAAGUCCUAGACAAAUCUCAAGUAAGCAUUUUCAAACAGUGAUGAACAGUGUAAAACAAGAACAUUACCAUUAUUAAUAGGAAAGGCAUGACCCACAUAGAGCACACGUGACAGCUAAAUCCUUUCACAGAACUGAGCGCUACGGUUGUACAUUAAUGUAUAUUUGUGUCACCAAAAUUAAUAGCUCCAUUUUUUAAUCUCCAGGUAAACCCAGAAUGUUAAAACAUAAGGGAGACUUUUUGUUAUUUCUCCUAAAACUCAUCAUGUCUAAACUUCAAACCUCAGUGCUUUUAAAAUUGAAGCAUCUAUUUGAAAAAAGAUAUUGUUUAAUGUUAAGAUAUAAUAGAAAAAAUAAAAGGGUAGUAGCCUUCUGGGAGUAAAAUUAUUUAGCUGAUAUGAUGAAUACUUUUUCAAGACUGAGUGGGGAAAGAACAAUUUAUUUUUAAGUUUAAAAAAUACUUCAGUGGGUGGUUAGAAUGAAAGGCUGUAUCAAGCUAUUUUAUAGUCUUAGAACAGGAGAAGUUUGAAAUUUGUCCUGUAGUCUAAGAAUUUGAUGUUUUUAAAAUCCUAUAACCAAGAUGAAUUUUACAAUGUAAGGGCACAGCAAGUUAACUAAGGAAAACAGAACAUUAUACUUUGUACUUUGUUUAAGGCCAGAGCUAGAAAUUCUGAAAUAUUUUCUAUUACAAACAGCUGAAACAGUCAACUUUUUUAAACAAUGUGAAGUUUAGAUGGUUACAUUUCCAUUUAAAAUAUGCAUACUACAACCUACACAAUUAUUCUCAAAACAGAUAAAAUAUGUUUUGGACUGAAGCUAAAUGUCUAGAUUUCAUUUCUUGGCAACCAUUCUACAAUUUGCUUACAUUCUUUUCAAAAAUAUUUUGUUUACUGGAAGUACCAGUCACAGAUGAACAAUGAUGGUAUUUUUUAAUAUCUCUGGAAGAAAUGAAAGAACUGAGCACUGUAUAAUGCUAUCUAUUGACUAAGGAUAUUUGUAUGAAGUUGUUUUAAGUAGAGGCUGAUUAUGUAAAGCAAAUAAAUUUCAUGCCUUACCAUGUGAUGAUAAUGUGACAUUCCAUCUGUAUCAACCCAAUGAAUGGUCUUAUGUUUUAAAUCUUCAGCAUAACAAAUUAAAAAUAAUUAUGAAAAUUCACAUCCAAAUCUAACAAUAAAAGAACCUUUCAUUUUAUUAUUUUCCUAAUGGUCAUAAAGCCAAUAUUAUUAAGGAAGGUGAAGUUAGGCUUACUUCCUAAGUAACUGAAGAAAGAAAGAAGCUUUCUUUAAGAAAUUUGUAUUUACUGAGGAGACCAUCUCUUUUUCAUACACUCUAUCAAGGCAUUCCUUGAUUUAGAAGGUCCAGUUUUUCUGAAAACUAUGAAAAUCUCAAUUAUACCUUUUCACAGUAUUGUACGUUUUAAAUUUCCUUUCAAUAAGUGAUAUAUAGCCUUCAGAGUGUGUCAGAUGUUUACUUAUUUGAAACACUGGAGUGUUAUUUUUACAAUUAUAAUCCUCUUCCUGUAAUAAAGACUGCAACUGAUGUUAAACAAAAGGAACUAGCACUGAAAUGAAAAAACAAACAAUAGAUUGAAAAGACCAAUUUGAAGGGGUGAUGACAGCAUAAAUACUGGAAUUUUCCUGGUAUUGCCUAUUUUAUAAGAAUCCGAAGGACAUUGUUUUGGUAGUCAAACAAGUAACCUGUUUAGUCUCAUUUUCAUAAUUACCUAUUAAAUGGGACAAAUUCAAUACUCAUUAUAGGGCUAAUUUUUAUUUUAUAUACUUUCUAGUUAUAUAAUUUCUAAAUCUUGAGGAUUCCAAAAACAUUCUUAAUUUAAACAAUUCUGCAUAAUAGCACAGUAAAAGAAAAGUACAGCUACAAAAAAAGUCUCUAUAAAGAGCUGAAGGCUAGAUACCAAAAUAAGGAACAUAUAAAACAAAUAAGUUUGAGAUGUUAGAAAAAUUAGCAAAAGAUCUGUUAAAAUAAAUAUAUGAACAGAAGGGGGUGAAAGCUGUUAGCUUAGUUAAAAAAAAAUUAUGUACCAUAUUUUUAUGCAAAUAACGUGCAUGUUAAAUGUUUUUUUGCCAACCGUGCCCUUACAUGUUGCUGUAAAAAAAUUAGCAUAGCAUGCUUAAGAAAAUACCUCAAGGGGCAAGAGCAUGGUUGGAAAAAAAAAGAAUAACCUGCAUGUUAUUUGCAUAAAAUACAGUAUAUAGCUCAAACUCAAAUUACAAAUAAGCUUCAAUCUGUUUUUCAGGUAAUAUUAAUUUUCAAAAUUUAAUUUAAAAAGCCAAUGAAGAUUUUAAUACCUCAAGGAAUACAAAAAGCUAAUGGUAGCUCUUGCUGAGAAACAAACUGAAGGUGACAUAUAUACAUAUAAUAUGCAUUAUAUAAAUGCUAUAUAUUAUAUCCUCAUAUCGGAAUCAACUCGAGGGCAGUGGGUUUGGAUUUUUUUGGUUUUUAUAUAUUAUAUAUAUUUUAACUCAGUUUUCAUUUAAAUACAACAAAUAAUCAAUGGUUAUUAGAAAUUUUAAAACAUGAUUUAGUGAUACAAUCUCCUCUAUGCAUGAAACAAUUUAAAUCUUCCAAACUUGGUAGUGAGAAAGUUUUAAUGCCUAAAACACUAUAAAAUAGUUUUAAGGUUGAUUGUGCAUAAACAAAGAAAGAAUUGGUGUAUAGUAGAUAACUUUAAAAAAGAUGACAAAUUGUCCUCUGGAAGAAAAAAAUUCUUAAUGUUUUAACAGGUUAUAGUUUUAAUAAAUGUUUGGGGGAAUGAAAUAAUACUUUUAGAAUUUUUUUACAUUAAUUAUUAGCAGUGAUAAUUCACUUACUGGUUUUAUAACUUUUACCUUUCUCAUUUCCCAAGACUGUUGGCAAAUGCCAACUACGUGAAGCCUAAUUUUAAUUAGUUUUAGGAAAUUAGAGAUUUUAAAAACUAUACUAUUGGCAUAGAAUAUAUAGAAGAAAUAUUUCUUCUAGUUAGAAAAUAAUAAACAUUCCAAUUUCCCAUUAUGAUCCUCUAAGGCUUGUCAAGUUAGGAGAAGCUUAAACCACUGAAACCCAGUUACACAUUCUAAUCAAGUUAUACAGUUAAAGUAGGAAAGAAGAGCUUCCAAGCCUUCUUCAAGAAGGAGCUCCUGUCAUGUUCUUAAAUUCUUGGGAUCACAGGGGACAUUAGCUGCUCAACUGAAAGGCUCAGGAAGUCUUCUCCACAUGAGCUGUGGAGAAGGAGUCUUGCCAGGCAGCUGUCCCACCCAUGACCUGGUUUGCCUUUGUAACUGACCAGCUGGGAAUCCCAGCACUUUCACUGAGAACUCAUCACUGGCUUAUUAAAGGUUCUAAACCCAGUCUAACAUACUAGAUAGGGUGAGCCAGUUUCAGCUGUCUCAUGCUUGAAUCUGAAAGUUGGGAUAACUACAUGAUUUCAUUUGCUUCAGGAAGAAGCAACACAGAAUAGUGAAAAAACCAUAGUUUUUGAGGUCCGACAGGCCUUUAGCUGGAAUCCCUGAUCUGUUAAGUAGCAGUGUCUUUGGGAAAGUUACUUAACGUUUUUUGUGUCUUUGUUUCCUUGUCUGAUAACAGCUAUCUUGCAGGGUUGCUGUAAAGAUCUAAUGAUGCUAGUAUCAAGAACAUAAUUAUUGGUACUCAAUAAACAAGGGGUACUCAAUAAAUGGUAGACUAAAAUAUGGCUACCCGUUUCAAGACCUAACUCCAUUUGCAGAGAGUGUUAAAUGGUAUCCAUGCCAAUAGUAUUAAAAUGAUCACUCUUAAGUUAGUCCAAAGGUUUUAAUAUUUUAUAGUGCAUGAUUAUUUUGUUUACUGAGCUGUGGAGAGAUUCAGAUAUAUGUCCUAUGGGAACUUAAAAAUGAAAAUGAGAACAUGUAUUUCUAUUAUUUGGAUGUCAAAAGGAAAUCUCCUGAAUGGCUGCUAGACUCCUUUUCUAACUAAAAAUCAAAAGAAUAAAAUAAAUUUACUAAAGACAACCUGAUAUCCAUAAUUAAGAGAUGAAUGUUUUUUUAACAAUAUAGGAAACAAACAAAAAAACUGUUAGUUUCCCAUCCUAAGAAAUGCUCUGAAGCAUAAGAGUUCACAGUAAGUCAGAUGUUACUCAUGUGCCUCCUUCAGCACACUGGUUACAAAAUACCUUUUUUAAUUCUUUGUGUAUUCUUCUAAUGCACCCUUAAAAACUGCAGUAUAUUAAGGCACUGUUGCCCCAAUUUGUCUGUAUUCUCAAAAAAGAAUUUUUAAUAAAAAGAUGAAAUUUAAAUCAUAAACUGAAUACUAUAUAUAUAUUAAGGGACAUUAAAAAAGCCCACUCAUCAGGGAAGUUGGUCUCAUCAGACUUGCUCUUCUGCUAAAUGUAAUAUAAAAAGAAAACAAACAAACAAACAAAACCAAGCCCACUGCUGUCAAAUUGAUUCUGACUCAUAGCGACCCUAUAUACCAUUUUUCAAAUAAGAUUCAUGGUCUUUUAAAAGAAUACACUAAAAAGGAAUCAUGACGGUUAGUUUGAUAGGGUCUCUUUAUGUAAUAAAACGAUUCUUUACCUUUCUU